GAGUCUGAUAAAUUAAUCAUAAGGUUUAUCACAGAACUUCAAGGACUCGGUGCAACACUCUCUCUCUCUCUCUCUUUCUUGUGUCUCUCAUGGCGUCUCAGGGCGGAAAACGCUUAUCUCUCAGCAGAUCUAACAGCAGCGACAGCGAAGGGAUCCUAUCAAAGGUUUCUAGCGCCGUCUCGCAGUCGGUGAUCGUCCACAAGGGCAAGCAAGCGGCGUCCGACGCCGCCUACGUAUCGAAGCGCCUGAUGAAGAGCACUGGAAAAGCCGCCUGGAUCGCCGGCACGACGUUCCUCAUCCUCGUCUUGCCGCUCAUCAUCUCGAUGGAUCGCGAGCAGCAGCUCAACGAGCUCGAGAUGCAGCAGGCCAGUUUACUCGGCACCCCUCCCGUCGGUGCGACUCAGAAGUAGAUUGGGGUUGAUAUUCUGAUUGGUGUCUCUGAUAAUGAUCUCAAAGGUAUGGUCUUCUUAGGAUUCUGGUUGGUUUCUUUGAUCCAGACCAUGAGGGUUUAGGGUUUUUCCAAUAUGAUUUAGGGUUUUUUUUUUUUUUUAAAACGAUGGUGGACGAAUGCUGUAACGGAUUGUUUUUAAUAUUCUUGAGCUUGAAUUCGAGAAUAAUCGUUUUUAUAUCGGUAGUGCAAUUUUUGGUUUGUCUCA